AUGUCUCUCAAGGCUUCUUUCAAUAGCUUCAACAGCGAGUUCUCGGCCGCCACCACUCGCAACACACAGCAGCAGCAGAAGCGCCCUAACACUACCGUUCCCACUCCUGUACAGCGUCCUUCGACUCCCUCGACUCAGCCCGCAGACCUCAAGCGCAAACGUCAGGAUCUCCCUCAAAAUGCUGCCUACUCUCAACCUGCCGACACGGGCUCAGGUAGAGAGGUCAUGACCCAAGUCGUCUACGCCAUCGACUAUCUCAAGUCCAAGGACCGCCCCAUCAGCUUCACCGACAUAUGGAAUUACCUCUCUAUUCCUGCCAACCAGCAGCAGCACCGCCAAGUCUUGCGCAGGGCGCUUAUGGAGCACCCCAAAGUCGACUAUGACCCCAAAGGCCUGGAUGGGCAGCACCCUUCGUUUCGCUUCCGCCCCGUUCACAAUGUUCGCUCUGCCGAUGAUCUAAAGGCAUACCUACAGCGCCAGCAUACCGCUCAAGGAAUCAGUGUCAAGGAACUCAAAGAGGGUUGGCCAGAUGCCAUUCCCGAGAUUGAGCGUCUCGAAUCAAAGGGUGAGCUACUGGUCGUAAGACAGAANAAGGACAAUAUUCCCAAAAUGGUUUGGCCGAACGACCCUUCUCUCGAUCAGCGUAUCGACCAGGACUUCAAGGACUAUUGGACAAAGAUUACCCUGCCUGCCAACCCUGGCGACUUGAGAAUAGAACUUGAAAAAGCUGGCAUUACUCCUACCAGUCAGGUCAAGGAAGUCAUCAAGGUCUCAGGCGGCAAGGACAAGAAGAAGCGCACUUCGAGAAAGGUCGGUAGAAGCACCAACACUCAUAUGGUGGGCAUUCUCAAGGACUACAAUGCGGUCAAGAAGUAG